ACCACUCUGUGUAUCACAUAAUCCUCUUCAUCGUCAUUUCGGUGAACAUAAAUUCGAGUAAUUUGCGCCUGUCAAACUUAACCACUUUAUCGUUUUACACGUCAUUUUAAUUUGACUUUUUCCGUUAUUUCUUACGGAUCUACGAAGACACUAUGAAGAUCCUUGUGCUGUUACUCGGUCUGACGGUGGCGUCAUAUGCACAAUACAACAGAUAUCCAUACAACCCCGAGUACUACGGCAGACACAUCGCCAUAUUGCGACAAUCGAAAGACACAGCACCAGACGGAUCUUACUCCUACAGUUACGAUACCGAAAAUGGAAUCUCGGUAGCGGAACAAGGACGUCCAAAGAAUAUUGGUCCAGCCCAAAUCGAAGAGGUUAGAGGUCAAUAUAGUUAUACAGCACCAGACGGUACCCCGAUAUUGGUCACUUACACCGCAGACGAGAACGGCUUUCAAGCGAGCGGUGCUCACCUACCUACACCUCCGCCCAUUCCACCUGCCAUCCAACGAGCCCUCAGCUACAACGCGGCUCAUCCCGAGGAGGAGGAGCCUUACAGGAGAUACUAGACAUGACAUUAUGUUUAUCGAUUUCUAUUCUAUUUUUCUCUUCCAUUUUUCUCCUUCUCUAUUUCUUUCUUUAUUUCUUUCUUUCUUUUUUUUUUCAUUAUAUUACUCUUAUCGUUCUUUACGAUUAUAUUAUAUCAGGAGUAUCAGGACGAUUCGUUCGCGAUCGACAACGAAGAUGAUCGUCUUUUAUUCUUCUAUUCUUCUCCUUAUUUUUUUUCUUUGAGGAUAUAUUAUUUUUCAAACCAGCUAGCUUGCUAAGACACUAACUAGAAAAACCACGAGAAACUGCCUAUAACAUCUACGAACGUGUAGUUGUCCUUUUCAUUAGAUCCUCCACGUGGAUAGAUAAAGAAAAAUAGUAAAGAAAUUGAACGAGGAGGAUCAAAGAGGAUUGCUUUUAUUUAACGUUUUAAAUUAUACUCCUUUUAUUACUCUUUUCUCUUUUUCUCUUUCUUUCUAUC